UGAAGAGAGUACUGAGGUGGUUUGGCGUGUGCUGCUCCGAUGGUAUGUGCACCUUCAUCUUCAGCAGCCUGUGCUCAUUUACAGUAAUCAAAGCCUGCUCCUCUGGGAGAUUAACUCAUUCUGUCAUCGGCGGCCCGUCGUCCUGGAAACCAUGACGAUUAAGAAGAUGUGUCGCAGGAUGACAAACCAGUCGACAGCAAACCAGUCCAACACAAACAAGAAGGAGAAAGACGAGAGCCAGCGAGAUGACAACACAGAAGUUGCAUAUAAAGAUGCAGGCCACUGCAGCCGCAACACCCACAACCUGCUGCUGGGACUCACUGUUAUGGGUGUUGUCAUGGGAGCGGUGUUUGGGAUGCUGCUGCGGUACAUGAAGGUGAAGGACAUGGCUGCCCUUACUAUGGUUUCCUUCCCAGGAGAAAUCCUCAUGAGGAUGCUGAAGAUGCUCAUCCUGCCUCUGAUCAUCUCCAGCCUCAUCACAGGGCUGGCUGGUCUAGAUGCCCGCUCCAGUGGCAGGAUGGGCAGUAGAGCCAUGGUGUACUACAUGUCCACCACUGUAAUCGCUGCCAUCCUUGGAGUCAUCCUGGUAUUGGGGAUCCACCCCGGGAACCCCAAACUAAGGGGAGGCGCCAGCAGCUCAGCCCCGAAGAACCAGGAGGUCAGCAGUCUGGACGCCUUCCUCGACCUGCUCAGAAACCUCUUCCCUGAGAACCUGGUGCAGGCCUGCUUCCAGCAGGUUCAGACGGUGCUGAAAAAGGUGCCGAUUGUAGCAACAAACCAAACUGAGCCCGUCUUAGUCAACAGGAAGAAACUGGAGUACAAAUGGGGCAUGAACGUCCUCGGCUUGAUUGGCUUCUUCAUCACCUUUGGGAUCUGCAUGGGCAGGAUGGGUGAGCGAGGGAAGAUCAUGUGCGACUUCUUCAACAUCCUCAAUGAGAUUAUCAUGACGAUGGUGUCCAUGAUCAUGUGGUACUCUCCUGUCGGUAUCGCUUCCCUGAUUGCGGGAAAGAUCGCAGCUAUCGGGGACCUGGAGGUGGUGGCCAGGCAGCUGGGCAUGUACAUGGUGACCGUCAUGGUGGGCCUGGUGAUCCAUGGUGGCUUGAUCCUACCUGCUAUAUUCUUCGCCAUCACCAGAAAAAGCCCCUUUACGUUCUACUCUGGAAUCUUCCAGGCUUGGAUCACAGCUUUGGGCACUGCUAGCAGUGCAGGGACGUUACCUGUCACCUUCCGCUGCCUGGAGGAAAAUCUGAAGAUUGAUAAGCGUGUGACUCGCUUCGUGCUGCCCAUAGGUGCCACCAUUAACAUGGACGGCACCGCGCUGUAUGAGGCCGUGGCAGCCAUUUUUAUUGCCCAGAUGAAUGACAUCACCCUGGACAGCGGACAGAUCGUCACUGUCAGUAUGACUGCCACCUUGGCCAGUGUCGGAGCUGCCAGUAUUCCCAGUGCUGGACUGGUUACCAUGCUACUGAUCCUGACGGCUGUGGGACUGCCUACUCAGGACAUCAGUCUGCUCAUUGCUGUCGACUGGCUGCUUGACAGAAUGCGUACCUCCAUCAAUGUGGUGGGCGACUCAUUUGGCGCCGGGAUCGUGGAUCACUUGUCGAAGGCAGAGCUCGCCGAAAUUGACGCAGCAGAAAUGCAAAUGAUCCCAACGGAGGAGGAGCUUGAUUUCAUCCCUCCACCCCCGAUCCUCACGGAGAUGGACCUGAUGGAGCCCCUCAAACCGCCUGAGCUGCCCCCUCGUUCCCCUCGCCCACCCAAACAAAACCACCACGGCCCCAUUCUUUCCCAGUCCCAGUCCAUCACUUACUCACCGUCCCGCUCUAUCCGCUCUCCAUCACCACGCUCCAUCCGCUCUCCCUCUCCGCGUUCCGUCUGUUCCCACUCCCCUCGGCCUUUCCGUACUCAUUCACCACGCCUCCUCCACAGGACGGAGCCGGGCUACUGCGCCCUGCCGAGCCACGAUAACCAGGUUCCCACAAUGCCUCGCUCCUACAGAGAGAGAGAGAGGGACAGGGAACGGGAGCGUCUGAGGCGAGAGAGUGAAACCGAAGAGGAGGAGGAGAGAGAGAGGGUUCUGGGUGAAGUAAGCGACGGCGAGGAGAGCGAUGACACUGCUUACGACCGGAGGCAUGCCAUGCUGCCGAGCGACUUGCCGUGAUUGGAUUUUAUCACCAAAAAGCUUUCCCAUCGAUUAGUUUCCAUUUUACAACAGCUUUUGAGGUCCACAGUGGAUUUCUGGCUGGUUACAUUGCUUCUUCUGCUCUUGAUUAACAGAACUGUUGGAUGCGUGAUCUGAGCUCACUUUGAGCUUAAUAUGCAUAGAUACUAAAACAUCAACACAUUACUUAGAUGGGCCCUUAAAACCAGGCCUGAGAUGUUUGCCCUUUGGUUUCCUGCAAAAGAGAGCUUAAAUGGAGAGUUGUUUCCCUAGUUUACUAAUGUCUCCAUCACUGUCUUGACUUCAUAACCAAAUUUAAAAUGCUCCUGCAUGUCUGAACUUCCUUAUAUUUGCCUGAUAAGAGAGAAAUUUGCUCUCUCUAUGAGAAAAGUAUCUUGGUGUUAUCAGCCUUUUAACGCACAACCACAAGUUUAUAGUUGAUCCUUUACCCUCGCUCAACUCCUCCCUUCUCUUCUACUUUUAUUUCCCUGGCAUGAAGUGAAAAUUAUUCAACUUAAAGGAAUAGUUUACCAUUUUGAGAACGACGCUUAUCUCUUUUCUUGCAUAGAGUCACAUUAGAAAAUACUUACAUGUUGCACGCAUGUCUGAGUAAAUCCACCUGCCAGCACCUUUAAAGCUCACUAAUUGACAUAGUAAAAUUUGUAAUCCGUACUAAAAGAUUUUACGAGCCAGACUAUUCCUUGGCUGGGUGUGCUAAAUUCAUGAAGUCUCCAUUGGUUUACUGCCAACUGGUCCCAGUUGAGAAAUAGUCCAGGACACAAAGUCCAUAAAGCCCCACCUUGUCAGUAUUACACUUUGUUUUUAGUGUGGAUUAACGACACAAAACACACCGUGUUAAUUAAUGGGAUGGGCAUGAGUACUUGAAUGCUCGCUUUGGACGUCAGUAUUUGUUCUUACAGAGUAAUCGUCGCCCAACUCCCCACAUGUAAACAUGAUUUUUAUAUAUUUUUUUACCCUUUAAAAUGGGUAAAAUCUUCAUUGUAGAGCUGUGUACAGUGUAUUGCUCCGCUCAGUGCCUCCUUGCCCCGCUGUCGCUGCCGCUCUGUUGUCAUGAGCCUACUGCUACGGGAGUGUGAGCUCUGCACUGGGGCAUAGUCCAUGAGAAUCUGCCCAUACACACACAGGAACAGGGCUAACUGUUAGCAUCACAUGGCUAACAUUACCUAAUGUAAUGUUGUUAACAUGUUUAGCGGAGAGGAGUGGCUUCACACUACAGAGACGGUCCUUCAAGCUUUAUCUACCCUAUGUUACAGCGGCAUCAGAACGUUUGCUGAGUUUUCUUAUGUUAACAUUUAAUGUAUGGUUUAAUACAUCAACUCAAACUGACAUUCCUGUUCUUACACUGGACUUUUUUGCGAGUACUUGAGUACUCUCUAAUAAUGUAAUGUGAGUAAUUGAAUAUUAAAGUUACUUAAAAUGCCCAUCCCCAGUAAGCUUUAAAGGUGCAGGUGGGCAGAUUUUUUAAAACUUUGGACAGAGUCAGGCUAGAUUUUUCUUCCUGUUACCAGUCUUGAUGCUAAGCUAAGCUAACUGGCUACUGGCUGUAGAUGUACAGAGGUUCACUCAUGUACAGACAUAAGUGUGGUGUUCUUCUAAUUCAACUCCCCAAAUGUCAAACCAUUCCUUUAAAUAACCUCUAGAAUACCAACAGGUUCAUGUAAAUGAAAGAAGCACACAACUAGCAGCCGUAAUUUUUAUAAUUCUCUACCAUCUUGCAUCUCUUUACUUUUCCAUCCUCGGUGCUCUUCUUGCACAUCACCUCCCACCUUGAUGUUAAUAUUGUCUAUAUUAUGUAUGGUUUGUAUUUUCUUGUUGUGGUCUGGUGUCUGAAACGAUGAGUAAUAGGCAAGAUGCUGUUUUAAUUUUGUUGUAUGUUUAAAUUGACUCGUCUCAUGUAUCAUUCUUCAUUGCUGUAAAAUAACGCCGUCAGUCUCUUCCUCGCCCACUGAAUUGCCUUUCAUUUUAAAUUUAAACUCAUCAACUGCCUCCCUACAUCCUCAAGUCAGACACAGGUCCAGGUCGUGUGUAUAUUGUAUGUAAUAAAAACUUAGAGGUUUAUUUAAAAUAACUGCAGUUCUCGUCUG